GACUGCGAACUAACCCUGUAAUUGUCUGUGCUUGCUCCACUGUGCAGGUUUUAAGUGUUUUUUAAACAUUGGCGAUCUGCCGAAGGCGUUUGGCAGGUCUGAAGGGUAGCAGUAGUUGGUUAGCUUGUCGCCGAGAUGCCUUUGAGGAAGUGAGUAAUGCCGUGUGCCUUCCUGCCUUCGUUUCGCUGUCUUUAUCUGGAGUUACAGGUCUGACAGAGCUUAGUGGGUUGGUUGCCAAGUUUCUCAUGUGGGGUGCGCAAGCGAGACACGUUAGGAACUGGAAUUCCGAACCGUGCAAGGGACCCGAGUCUGGCGAUGCUGCGUGGUCAGACCCGCCUUCUGGAGCCAGCACGGGGAGGCUCACUCAUCAGCGGACCCUCACAGGGUGGCUGUGCGGCACCAGGCCCCGCUCCUCCGGCCGCGCUGUGGAGUUUCGGCCGGGCUGCGCGACACCAGCGCCCAUGCUGCUGCCGCCAACUUCUCCCCGCCCUGCCGCCCGGGGACCACGCCGCCGCUUCACUGGAUCCGCCGCAUCGCGACUGAGAACUGCUGUUCCCCUUGGGGCUACGGAGGGGCGGCCGGUGCGGGCAGCCCACCUGAAGGAGCAGCGAGCUCAGGACGGGACGCGCCUCCCGUCUCCGACGCGGGACCUCCGAGCGCGGCUGCGGCGGCUGGCCGGCAGCCACACAAAGAGCCGCUCUCCCCUCCCUUUGUCUGCGUGGCUUUGUCUCCGUCCCCCCGUUGCGGGCCCGGGCUCCCGGGCCGCGGCGCUGCCCUGCGCGCCACCCGCGGGCCGUGGGAACGGCCGCUCAACCCAAUCCCCGCCAAGUCGCUCCGCCGCCGGUGUCCGCGCACAGGUGCACGGGCGGUGCCGCGGAGCCCCGUCCUCGUCCCUCCCCGCCCGGGGCCCGUCCCGCCGCCGCCGCCACCCCUCCCUUCGGCAGCGCGCCCCCUGCGCGCGCCCCUGCCGCCUGACGCUCCACCCCGGGCGGGCCGAGGGCGGUGCGCGCCGCUCCGCAAGGAACGCGGAGAGCGCGUGA